CCCCAAAACAAAAACAGAAUCACUAAAAUCUGAAUCAUGUUUUCACUUCUUAUCAGACUCUAAAUUUUCACUUUCAAAUUUUUUUUUCCUUUUUUCUUCUUCACGAUGGUGAAUCCCAGAGCCGGCACCACUAAGGAAACCGUACCUUGUGAUUUCUGCACUGAGCGGACUGCAGUUCUGUACUGUAGAGCUGACUCUGCGAAGCUCUGUUUGUUCUGCGACCAACACGUCCACUCUGCGAACCUUCUCUCGAAGAAACAUCUCCGGUCGCAGAUCUGUGACAACUGCAGUAACGAACCGGUUUCGAUCCGCUGCACGACGGACAAUUUGGUUCUAUGCCAAGAGUGUGAUUGGGAUGGCCACGGGACUUGCUCUGUGUCCGCUUCACACGAUCGUGUCCCGGUUGAAGGCUUCUCUGGCUGUCCCUCAGCUCUGGAGCUCGCGUCAAUGUGGGGAUUCGGUCUUGAAGAUAAAAAAAUGAAUGAAUCUUCACCGUUGGUUAACGACUGGAGCGGGUUUCAAGAUAUGAUGAGUCCGGUUGAGUCUUCGUGGAUGUAUAACAACAAACCGGGAGUGAGUGUUCAGGAUUUGAUGGUGCCGAAUGAGAGUGCUAUGUUUUAUAAUGGAGAGGUUAUGAUAAGUAUGACGAAAAGGCAGAGUCCGAGUUGUGGGAAACUUAAACAAGUGAUACAUAAACAACUGGUUGAGUUGUUAAAGAGUGAUUUGAUGGGAAAUGAAGUUGGUGAUGUGAAUGUCAACCAGGAUGAUGAUAAUGUUAAAAACAGUAAUUUUAGUGGUGAUGGAGAUGCAGAGAAUUUGGUUCCAAUGAAUAAUCGAAUGACGGAGGCUCAAGUUGAUAGUUGUGUUCAAGAAUCGUUGCGGCAACAAACGCCUUUUACGUCUUUACUUAUGAUGCAGGAACAGAUUGACACCAAAGAGAGUGACCGUGUUGUUAACAGAAACAUGUUGUGGGGUGGUAAUUCUGGUGGCCAGGGAUCUCAGAUAUGGGAUUUUCAUUCAGGACGUUUGAGGGCCACUGAGGAAUCUAGCCAGCUAGAAGUUGCAUACGGUGGAAGCGAGGCAGUAUUUAUGAUAAAGAACUUUGGUGAACUUAUGAAUGAAACUUCCUUGGCUAGUACAGAAAUGUUUGCAAAUAUGUUCCAAUUGAAUUGCCCCAUAGGGCAUGAAGACAUGGCUUCUUUUAAUAAUAACUCAUACAACCCAACAGCCAGCCAGGGGCCUGCAACAUCUGAGAGCAACAACCUACCAAUAGCAAAGCCAUCAUCAGGUUCAGCUUUUGGUAAGCCCAAGGACUCUAGUAGCUCCAAAGAAAUCAAGUUCAUGGAACAGUCUUUUCUUUUGAGACAUGAUAAAGUGGCAACAGCUGCGUCAACCAAAGCUGAUCUGGAGCUGCUGGCACAAAAUAGAGGCAAUGCAAUGCAACGUUACAAGGAGAAGAAGAAAACACGGAGAUAUGAGAAGCACAUACGGUAUGAAUCAAGGAAGGCAAGAGCUGAUACUAGGAAGAGAGUGAAAGGUCGAUUUGUGAAGGCUAGUGAAGCUCCUGAUGGUUGAAUCCUCUGCGGGGAUAGACUGCUCCUUGCUUGCUCUAUUGUAUAUAUUUCUUACGUUCUUCCCACGGUUUAAGGCAUAAUUCUGCUGUCGUUAUUUUGCAUUGUCAUCUCUCUAUGUGUUGUAACACAUCCGUAUGUGUGAGUAUAGCAAAAGUGUUUUGCUUAAAACAAUGUACCAGAGUUGGCAAAUGCUGGGGACAAUGGAAGACUGGUAAUAGGUUGGUAGUUGUCGAUGCUUUCAUAGUGUAGGAAAAUAACUUGUAUCUGGCAGAUUCCCAGGCUUAUGUAUGUUCUGCUACAAGCCAACUAUGUGAGAAUGUAGAAACCUGAAAAAGCCAUUGGAGAACAGAAAAAUGAUGCUGCUUUUGCCCCUGCCCCUUGGUACAAAUAUUGAACAAGGGUUCUUUAGGUGAAGGUACUAGUUUUUUACUAUUUCUUUUAAAAGCUUCUGGCAAGUGCUAUGGAUUUGUGUUACUGGUUCCAGGCAUCGUUCGACCCUGAUGGCAGGGUUACAAGGCUGUGUUUAUUCCACUAUUACUUCAUUCAUUUAAGAUUAGAGUUUCCAGGGACUCAAUUUACACAAUUUUCUAGGUGGAAAAUUGGGAAUACAAUUUUCAUAUAGAAGGGAUCUUGGCGUUACUGAGAGUCGAGGGACCUCUAUAAUAAGCUUGGAAAUUGACCCUCCACGAAAAUCAACUCUCGGGUCAUGUUUCAGCAUCUAUUGGGAAGUUGAAAUUUAUAUGGUUUCUUCUCCAUAAAUUCAUUGUGUGUAUAAAGCCUAAAUUUGUUGCCAAAUUUGUAAAUAAGCUUCGUAUUCAAAAUUUUUCUUACAA